AUGCGGGGUAUCGAUCCCCGUACCUCUCGCAUGCUAAGCGAGCGCUCUACCAUCUGAGCUACAUCCCCAAAUGAAAAAUGGGAUGUAAACGAUUAUAUUAUCGGUUUCUACCUCCUAAUAUGGCGGCCACAAAUGAUCAUUCCAGUGGUUUUUGAUGCUGGGUUCGGAGUUUUUCGUACAUGGGUCCUUCGAAUUUGCCACGGUUGCUGCAGCUUUGAGGCUCUGCUUGUUUCAGCUUGUGAUGCAGAAACUAGGAAAUCCAAGCUCUCGUCAAGUAACAUUCACGAAACGCAAAGAUGGGAUUGUCAAGAAGGCCACUGAAUUAUCUAUCUUAUGUGGUGCAGAUGUUGGUCUUAUAAUGUUUUCUCCUAAAGGUCGAUCGAUCACUUUUGCUAGCGGUGGAAGGGUUGAGGAUAUCUUUAUUCGUUGGAUUGCCCAAGCUGCUGAAUUAACUGGACAAGGACCUAUCUGUGAUGAAGGGUAUUUAACUGAAAGCCUUAAACAUCUGAAGUGUGAACAAGAAAUGCUGGAAAAAAUCGAAAGAAUGGAGGCUCUUGAGGAGAGUCUAUAUGAAAUCAAAGAACAAAUACUUGCAGCAGAAGAAAAGAUGAGGAUUUACAAUCCGGAUGUGGAGAAAAUAAACACAGUUCAUGAAGCUCAAGAGCACCAGCAAUUUCUUGUUGAUGCGAUUCAGCGUAUAGAACAGUUGAAAGUGAAGCUUCUAAGUGAUCAGAUCACCCUGGAAAAACCAGAGUCUAGCCAGGUGAGGUUGCUAGAUGACCAGAUACUGCCACAAAAACCAGAGAAUCUUCAGGUAUCUGCAACCGGGACUAAGAAUGCAGAUCCAACCACUGAAGGGUUCAAUGAUGCUAACACCACCAGGAACCUCCCAGGGGGUGAACACCAUGAAGAAACGGCCUUUCCUGCAGGACCCCACCUGACAAUGAGCUACCUAAAGGCACAGAACCUAGCAGGCGAGGGCACAUCGUGUUGGUUCGACGACAACUAGUCCUCAUGCUCCUCAGCUGCUGAGGGCCAUUUCUCUGAAAGGCUGGUGCAAGAAGUUCCAUUCUGAAUCCUGGGUCUUCCAAUAAUUUAGUAGCUUAUUAGGCUUUUCUGAAAACAGCAAGCUGUUGUGGUAUGGUAUCUGUUUAAGGGCUCGUCUUAAGUUUUAGUUUGUUGCUUCAACUUAAUGUUUGAACCUGGAGAAUGUUAGAGCUUGUUUGGGAAUUGUUUUUUAAAAACA